CACAGCACAGGCACCCUGCCGCUCCUUGGCAGCCCACGUUAUUGCCCCGGUGCCAACAGUGCCAGCGGGUACCUCUGUCAGACGGGUCACUGUUGUGGCGAAACUGGCUGCUGCACAUAUUACUACGAGCUGUGGUGGUUUUGGCUCUUAUGGAGCGUAUUGAUCCUGUUCAGCUGCUGCUGUGCAUAUCGGCACCGACAGGCUAAACAGAGAGUUCAGCAGCAGCAGAGACAAAGAGAGAUCAACCUGAUGGCCUACCACGGAGCCUGUAGCUACCCAUCAUCCAUGCUCGACCUAAGUUUUCUGGCUUCACUCAAACUGCCUUCCUAUGAGGAAGUAGCAGCUCAGCCCAGCACCCCGCCCCCUCCCUACAGCUCAGUGGCCUACCCGCGUGGCACUGCUCAUCCUGGCCCGAGCCAUAUGCUGUCCUCCCAGAGCUCAGACAACUACACCAGCUGCUCCUGUGACUCCUGCUGCCCAUCAUCGCCCUGUAGCUCCUCCCCUUCCUCCGCCCAGCUCACGGACGAGACCGACACUAGCCACACCUCUACGCCUUCACACAGCGAAGUGGUGAACCUUAACUCCAUUCCUGAACACAGCACAGAGAGACACGAUGCCACUGUUUUAUCGUCCCCUCAAAAUGCACCUGUAUCCACUUCCUCAGCUGAGGUGGAGCUGUCUGACUGCGCCUCUCUUGACUGUAAUGGAAACAGGACUGUUAAACCAGUCACCAAUCAAACCAUCAACAACAACAUGAUCAACGAGCCUGAGGAAAUCACUGGCACUGCUAAUGCAACUCAACAUGCUAACACCAGUGACAUUAUUAAUGCUGGACAUAACCCUGCCAUUAAUGACGCCUCUAAUGGAACCCAGACUAACAAUGCUAAUGAUGUUAGCUCGCAUCAAACACCUACGCUUAGCCCAACCAGAGACGAUAUGAGUGGUAACACUGCUUUAGGCUUCUUUCAGCAACCUAGCAAUAUGACACAAAACAUAUCUGCUUCUCGUCCUCCUGUUUCUGUCCCUUCAUCCCCUCCAUCCUGUUCUCCUAUAUCUCCAUCCACCCCUUCUCUUCCUCCACCUUUAUCCCCUCUCACAGACCCUCUGGGUGCUCUCUCAGGGGCAGCCCAGACUCAAAAUGCACCUCCUCCUCCACAGUCUCCACUCAAAGCAGCAUUUUCCUCUGGAGUGGACGUUUUGGAACCAGAUCGCCGCGAUUCAGCAGUGUGCGAUCUUGAUGUUGACCAGACGCACUUUCAGCAGCGGCGCUUGACUGGUGAUUCGGGCAUUGAGGUCUGUCGUUGCCGAAUCAAUCAAGAGGACGAAGAGGAUGAGGAGGAUGAAGAGAGGGAUCGCAUGGAAGCUGAGAUGAGCACCCGACCCAAUCACGAGCUACACGACAGUGUCGACUGCUCCAGCCGAGCUCAGCCGGGAGAGAGCUGGCCCGAAAUGUGUGGCUCCACCCAGCCUACACAGUCGCAAGCCGACUCGGUCUUUAUAGCUAUGGAAAGCAUUUGA